AUGGCAGAGAAAAUAACUUGGGAAUCGGUCGGACAGAAGCCUAACCCAGUGCUUUCUCCAGCAUGGUCUUACAAAGAUUUGAUAUUUGCAUCGGGAACUCUCGGCUGUGAAGAUGAUGGUACUUAUUCUAAUUCAAUUGAGAGACAGACACAAAAGGCAUUGGAAAACCUAGAAAAAGUGUUGAAAGCGGCUGGCUCGUCUUUACAAGACACUUUGAAGGUUGUUGUUUUUCUUAACAAGGCAGAGGACAUUGGCCGGAUGAACACUGUCUAUGCCAAGUUUCUUCCCCACAAACCCGCAAGAUCAUGCUUUGGUAUCAAUUUCCCAAAUAAGAAGGUUUUGGUGGAGAUCGAAGCCGUUGCAUUCAAGCCAAAGGCCAAACUUUGA